CUUACAACACAUAGUGAGCUCCUGUGAUCACUUGUUGUUGUGGAGCCAUGCUAUUGAAGCGUGCUGCUGUUUGCCUUGUGGCACUGGCCUUGCUUGGCUUCUGUAAUGCUCAGGAUUUCUUUCCUGGUGGGAAAAAGAUCCCUGGAAAUCCUUGGCCUAAAGACCCCCAACAACAAAAACAGACAUUUGACAAACCUCUCACAUGGACAUACCCUGAAGAACCUAAGCCUAAACCCAAACCUGAAGUGCCAUUCCAGCAGAGACACCCUGUUUCUGCUGCAACUGUUGCUGUUGACUGCAGAGAGAGUAUUGCUCAUGUGGAAGUCAAUAAGGAUUUCUUUGGAGUUGGCCAGAUGAUAAAUUCGGCUGACCUUACCCUGGGACAGUGCAGCGUUGUUGCAGAGGAUCCUAUAGCUCAAGUGUUGAUUUUUGAAUCUCAACUGCAGGAUUGUGGGAGCACAUUAAGAAUGACAGGAGAUUCCUUCAUCUACACCUUCACACUGAACUAUAACCCCAAGCCUCUGGGUGGUCCUCCUGUGGUUAGGACCAGCAGCGCUGCUGUAAUUGUGGAAUGUCACUACCCAAGAAAGCAAAAUGUAAGCAGCCUUGCUCUUGAGCCUCUCUGGGUCCCAUUUUCUGCAGCCAAAAUGGCAGAAGAGUUCCUCUAUUUCACCCUGACACUCAAAACUGAUGACUGGCAAUAUGAUAGGCCAAGUUACCGGUAUUACCUGGGUGACGUGAUUAAUAUUGAGGCCUCUGUCAAGCAGUACUACCAUGUACCUCUCCGUGUUUUUGUGAACAAUUGUCUUGCAACCCUUUCAACUGGCACAUCUUCUAGCCCCAGAUAUGCAUUCAUAGACCAAGGGUGUAUGAUUGAUAGUAGAAUCACUGGAUCUGAGUCAAAGUUCAUGGUUCGCUCUGCAGAGAACAUCCUUAAUUUCCAGAUUGAAGCCUUCAGAUUCCAGGGCAUAAACAGCGGAGAGAUGUACAUUACCUGCAACUUGAAAGCAACAUCUGUUAACCAACCCAUUGACAGUGAUGAUAGAGCUUGUUCCUACCACAAUGGGUGGAGGGAAGCCAGUGGAUAUGAUGGAGCUUGCAGCUCAUGUGAGUCUUUAGCAUCUGGAGUUGUGACUGCUAGUAAUGUAGUUGUAACGGGACAUACAGGAGUUUUGAGUGGUGGAGGUGGAACGGUCAAUACAGGAACUGGAAGUACAGGUGGUGGAACCUGGGGUGUUCCAUCAUCCCCUAAGUUUCCUCCAGGAAGGAGAGUGCGGGACGUGUCUCGGCAUGACGUUUUGGAAUGGGAAGGAGAUGUCACUCUGGGUCCCAUCUCCAUUGAAGAGAAGCUGAUUGCUUAAAACAAUUUCCUGUCAUAACCAUGACCAUCAAAAUAAACUAUCAGUAGUUCUAAUCUG